AGUUGAAAUUUAAAAUGUUUAAGGUAAGGGUUAUGGUUAAGGUUGGGGUAAGGUUAGGGUUUAGGGUAGUGACGUCCCAAGGAUUCCAGCUAGCACUAACCCAAGUGAGAGGGCGGUAGUGGGCGGAGCGUCGCAGUAACUACAAGCAGAAGCAGACCCCUUUGAAAGCGUAGCGGAUAAAAAUUGUGAAAAUAGCAGGCUCGCUUUCAACCAGAAGGUGCUGUCUUUCCAACCAUAUUUCAAAUAAACGAAGAAACGAUUUCAGAACAAUCUGAGAUGGUGGGUGUCAUGGCUUGCUGAAAGGACAUGGAACGACUCCUUAGUCAGACGACUUGGAGAGUUAAAUGGCGAGCUGACAGACCCGGUGAUGAAUGGUGACUCAGGUGCUGGGGUGGUGACUGCCCCCCCUCCCACCACUGCCCCCCACAAGGAGCGCUACUUUGACCGUGUGGAUGAGAGCAGCCCAGAGUACCAGCGUGAGAGAAACAUGGCUCCAGACCUCAGACAGGAUUUCAACAUGAUGGAGCAGAGGAAGAGGGUCUCCAUGAUCCUGCAGAGCCCGGCGUUUUGUGACGAGCUGGAUACGAUGAUCCAGGACCAGAUGAAGAGGGGAAAGACCCCCACCAGCCUGUUGGCCCUGCAGCAGAUAGCUGACUUCAUGACCACGAAUAUCCCCACCAUGUACCCCGCAGCGCCACAGGGAGGCAUGGCUGCACUCAACAUGAGUCUGGGUAUGGUAACCCCAGUGAAUGACCUGCGUGGAUCUGACUCCAUCUCCUAUGAGAAAGGAGAGAAACUGCUUCGUUGUAAGCUAGCUGCCUUCUACCGCCUGACAGACCUCUUUGGCUGGUCCCAGCUCAUCUACAACCACUUAACUGUCAGGAUGAAUUCAGAUCAGGAGAGGUUCAUUGUUGUCCCUUUUGGGCUUCUGUACAGUGAAGUCUCCGCCUCCAGUCUGGUGAAGAUUAAUAUACAAGGGGAGAUCGUGGACCGGGGGAGCACCAAUCUAGGGGUCAACCUGGCUGGCUUCACUCUCCACUCAGCAAUCUACGCAGCCCGGCCAGACGUCAAGUGCAUUGUACACGUCCACACACCGGCCGGAGCUGCAGUGUCGGCCAUGAAGUGUGGCCUGUUGCCCAUCUCUCCAGAGGCCAUGACCCUGGGGGAAGUGGCCUACCAUGACUACCACGGCAUCCUCGUAGAUGAGGAGGAGAGCGUCCUUAUACAGAAGAACCUGGGGCCAACCAGCAAGGUUCUGAUCCUUAGAAACCAUGGUCUGGUGUCUGUUGGGGAGACUGUGGAGGAAGCCUUCUACUAUAUCCACAACCUGGUCACUGCAUGUGAGGUCCAGGUGCGCACCCUAGCCAAUGCUGGAGGGCCUGAUAACCUGGUGAUGCUGGACCCUGCUAAGUACAAAUCCCGGCCGCGGUGCUCUGAGCAUGUCGAGGGCUCCACACACCCAAAGUGGCUGGUCGGGGAGCAGGAGUUUGAGGCUUACAUGAGGAUGCUGGAUAACCUGGGUUACAGGACAGGCUACCCCUACAGGUGCCCUGCCCUGCGAGACAAAGCAAAAAAGUUCAGCAGCGACGUAGAGAUCGCUCCCUCUGCCACGGGCUAUUCCUAUGCCGAGGACAGUGACUCGGGCGCUCGCUCCCCUCUCAAGCACAGCUUUCAGAGGCAGCAGCGUGACAAGACCCGCUGGCUCAACUCGGGCCGGCCGGACGAUGCCAACGAGGAAGGGCCUGACGGUGGCAGCCCCAAGUCGAAGACUAAGGUGUGGACGAACAUUACACACGAUCACGUCAAACCCUUGCUGCAGUCUCUCUCGUCCGGUGUCUGCGUGCCAAGCUGUAUUACCAACUGCUUGUGGAUGAAUGAGGAAGGGAUGCGACAGGCUGCAGUGGCCAAUCAGUUUGUCCCGCUCAACACAAACCCCAAAGAGGUGCUGGAGAUGAGGAACAAGAUCCGAGAGCAGAACCUUAAGGACAUCAAGACUGCAGGGCCUGAGUCCCAGGUGCUGUGUGCUGGAAGCAUGGUGGACCGCUCCUUUGUCCAGGGAGAGCUGGUGACAGCGUCUAAGGCCAUCAUAGAGAAGGAGUACCAGCCCAGAGUCAUCAUCAACCAGAAAGGCCCCAACCCCUUCAACAAGCAGUUCGACCAGGAGCUGGAGGAAUACCGCAAGGAGGUGGAACUCAAACAGAAAGGACCCGAUGUACAGGGUGAAGAGUCCUCCACAGCCAGCACACAGCUCCCUUCACCUGGGCCUGGGGAGGGAGGCCUGUCCCCCUCUACCUCCCCACAGAAGCCUGCACUGAAACCAAAGCCCCUCUGUGUCCCAGAGAAGUGUCUAGAGGUCUCUGAGUCCCACCCCACAGCCUCCACGGCCACCCCUACCACCACCUCCUCUCUCCCCAGCCGAGACACCCUGACCGAGUCGGGGGAAGGUCAGGAGAGCCCUGGGACGUCUGCAGGGUCGGGGCCCAGGGGCUACGGGGGAGAUUCCCACCCAGAGUCUCCUCACAAGGAGUUUCACUGUGCCGUGCUGAAGGCCCUCAGCACCACCAACACAGAGCUGGCAGCCCUCACCCUCCCUGAGGCUCCAGACGCGUUACCGGAGCCUAAGGAAGAGGUAAAGGGUCAGAGUCAGACCUGCACGCCCCCCAGCACCCCUGUCAGAGCAGAGGAAGGAGAUGGAAAUGCUAAAGAGUACCUGUUGCCAUAUCUAUGGUCCAAGCCAACGACAGUGGAGAGAUCUGAGAUAGACCCAGCAACAAAUCUCUUUUUAGAGUCCCAGCCGGAGCACACCUAUAAGGAUGAGAGUGACCAGCCUACACUGAGACAGACCCUCACUGACCUGACCCCAGAUGACAAACCCUCCGACACCCCAGCCCCGCACCCUCCCCGCCGAAGACCCCGCUCCCGCCGCCACCGAACAGCCCGCCACUGAGGGGGAGGAGCUUGCUGAUGCUUCCGCCGCCUGUGACCAUGACGGUGAACAGGACGGCGACGAAUCCCCCAGCAAAUCACCUUCCAAGAAGAAGAAGAAG